CAAGAGACACGUGGUAAUAUUAGUUGCCGGUCAUAAUUGUUAAGUUGCAGGAGUGCUCCAGUGUACCAACAUUUCAAUAGUUAAUAUCUACCUACCUACCCUAUAUGAGAAAUAAUUGUGUUUCUGCCUAAUGUUAUCAGUUAUCAAUUGAGUGUCGUGUCAUAUUGGUGUCUAUUAUUAUUGUGAGGAAUUGAUUGUUAUAUUUAUCAAAAUGGAUUUUGUAUUUCAUCAAAGAGUUAAUCGUGGACCGAUCAAGUUAUGGCCCCAUUCCAUUCGCGUCAGUCAUUGCUAACGUGGGGUCUGCCAACUGUAGCCGUUCUACUCAGCUAUUUAUGGUACAAAAGGAAGAGAAUUGGAGCUCGAAGUGACCCCGGUGACACCAGAUUUCUAGAGGAGAAAAAGCUGGCAGAUAUCGGUAGCGAAUCCAAGAACGAGCAGUUGGAAUCUGCUGAUAGGGCUGCACCCGAAUUGAGUACCCCGAACAAAACAAUUUCAAGGUCACUUUCUGGCGUCGAAUCGCCACCUAUUGAUAUCGUCUUUCCCGUCGAACUGCGAGCCAAUAAAUCUACAUCCGUGGUUAUUUCGGACGAGGAUUUGGAUUUGGAAAUUGAAAAAAUCAAGUCGAUGAGAAACGGUUCCCUUUACGGAUCAAAAAUGGAUAAUUCUUCGUCCGUGAGAUCGAAAUCUAACACACCUCUACCAAUAAAGGAAAACAAACCGGUGAAACAAAGGAAAGGCUCAAAGAAGAAAAAUCCUCCACAGGUUCAGAAAGAAAUAGAAAUAGUUGAAGACAAACUAAUUGCCCUGACUGUCGCUGAUAACAAGAAUUCGCCAAAAGAGAGAGACAGUCAAAACCUUGAUCUAGAUAUUGCGGGACAUGUCCAGUUGCAAAGACAAAAUAGUGGAAGGGAUUCUGCUAACCACAGUCCUUCACAAAGUCAAAACCUUGAUCUAGAUGUUGCAGGACAUGUCGAGUUGCAAAGACAAAAUAGUGGAAGGGAUUCUGCUAACCACAGUCCUUCUGAUGUUAUGUUGAACAGUCCUUCGAUGAGUAGUAUAUCAGAUAACCACAGCGAGGGUUCAAGCGAUAGUGGUAAAGGAGGUAGUGACGUAACGACUCCUCCACUAUGUAGUGCUCCAGGAGUAGAUGUUUCCAGUGAUGUAUUCACUCAACACACUUUCGAAGUUCGUCAGAAUUUAGUUGGGAAGUUGAUAGGAAAAAAGGGUUCUUUUGUGCAGAGUAUUAGAAGCAAAACGAAUGCAUCAGUCGUUGUUAUAGAACAUCAUACAGAUAGCCAUUUGAAACUUUGUGUAGUACGAGGCACUCAAACUGAAAUUGAUGCUGCUCUGAAAAUGGUGAGAAAUAAAUUUCCAGCUAAGAGGUUCCCGGAAUUGACUUUAGAUGACGUGAUGUUACCCCCUCCUACAGAUUUUAUCCCUCUCAACAAUGAUAAAUUAUUUGUGAAUCUAGUGGAGGGCAUCCCCAAUGACAAUAUCUUGAGCUGUCUAGUUACUCCAAAUCACUUAUUUUUGCAACAUCCAAUACAUCCUUCAUACCCGAGCCUCCAAUGGUUGACCAACCAUAUGAAUGCCUUUUACUCGGAACCAAAUUCACCAGUGUUACAGACCCCCAUACAAGAAAAUUCACUGUGUGUUGCGUAUUCAGUUGAUACCUGGUGUAGGGCUGUAGUAUUAUCUACAGAUGUAGAUAGUGAUACUUCCUAUGUAAAAAUUUUGGACUAUGGAGGAUAUGCAUAUGUUGAUAACUCAAAUUUGAGACAGAUGAGAUUUGAUUUCAUGUUGUUGCCGUUUCAAGCGUCUGAAUGCAUCUUGGCUAAUAUCAGAUCAAUAAAUGAGGAUGGAUCAUGGCCUAAGGAGGCAUACGAUUUAGUAGCAGAUGCUGCAAGAUCCUCAAUGAUGUCUACAUAUGUUAUUGGUUACACAGAAGAUAAUGUACCAUUGGUAUAUAUUCACGUAUUGUUUGGAUCACAGCCAAUACUAUUGAAUAAGCACUUGGUUGAAUGUGGAUUUGCAGAAUGGGUUCCUUUAUUAAAUACAGUUUCCGAACCUGUAAUAGACGAUAGUGAAGAAGGAGCGGUUGGAGGCUCCCUACAGUAGCAUUCUCUCAACACUCAGAGGGUAUGUUUUAGUCACUUGAUUAUUUGUGGUCAAGCAUUUGUUAUUCUUGUGAAAUAUAUUGAUGCAGUUAGUGUUUUGAUGUAGCAUUUAAGUGUUUGUUUUACACAUGCAUACAGUUUUUCAAAAAUUCUUAUAUUCAUAUCGUUAGCCCAAUGAUUUUUAUAUUUUAUAUUUAUCAUUAAGAUUAGUUCAUGACUGACAAAAUAUAAAAUAUUGGAUGUUUAUAUGGAAUGUGUCUGUCUUUAUUAUUGUUAAUAUGAUUAGGUUUAGUUUGUUUUGCUAUUUAUUUCUUUCUGAUCUACAUUUUUUGUAUUAUCAUGUGAAUCACUGCUAUAAAAAAUUUUUUUUUGCGAAAUUAUGGAGGGCCCAUCAAAGUCAUUUGUGUAAAAGUUUUUUUUUCAUUAGAAAUACUGUUGGGAGAGUUGUAAAUAUAUUUUUAUUUAUUGACCAUAGUUGUAAGACCUCUUUGUACAUAUUCAUUGUUCGUUUUUCAAGCACAUAAUGGUGGUUUUUAAAAUUUUCAGUUUUCUUAUUGAUGCUAAGAAGGGUGUUUGCCUUGUUUAUUGUACGAAUAAUGAGAUGAGUUCUUUCAGAACUGGAUCUUUCAUUCAAUUUUGUUUUCAAAUAUUAUUAUAUUUUGCAUCAAAUAAUUGUACAGAUGUAAAUAGAGUUUUAACAGAAAUUGUCAUGUGAUGAUUUCUGUUUUUUCAUUCAUUAUUUUUUUGAACAACACAUUUUGGCUUUAUUACUGAGCAAAUUCAGUAUGACGAUAGGGGCUAUAAUUUCACUGAAGGAAUACAGUAUAAUGCCAAUAUUUGUUUUGGGUUUGGCUUACCUUCAAGUUGUUUUUACAUAUUAUCUAUAUCCACUCUUAUGAAAAUACUAUAUAUUGUAAUAUAGUUAUCAUUAGAUAUACUUUUUCAUAUCGGAGGUGAAUAUUUUAUAUUUUUUAAUAAUGCAUCCACAGAAAAGAAACUUCUAUUGCAUUUGAAACCAAGUCUUAUAGGAUCGAGUGACAGUUUGUAAUCGUGUUUAUCUACCAAAAAUAUAAAGUAAAAGUGGCAAGGGCUUCAACAUUUGCAGAAAUUAGGGAAUUUACAAUCUGACCUUUUAAUUGGGUAUUCAUUUGAUUGUUUUGACUUGAUGAAUGAGUAUAGGCAAUAUUGUUUUCUUUUCCAAAAACUUGUUCGUAGGUUAUCAUCUAAGCUUUCACAUCAGACAAGUGAUUUUGUGAUAAUUGUGGAUUUCAUUUUAUAAAGUUAAUAGUUGAAA